AUGUGGAAAAAAGUAGAUGCAGAACACAAGAGGUUGAGACCACACAAUAGUGGAACCUCAGAGGAGAAGAUGAAUGCAAAGUUUUGUCUUCCCUCGGAUCUUGUAGCUUUGAUAUUGUCUCGUCUUGCUUUGAAAGACAACUUAUGCUCUUCUCUUGUUUGCAAGACAUGGUGUGAGAUUGCUGCUUCUGUUCGGGUUAGAGAUCCUCCUUACUGGCUUAUGUAUCCUGAUCGAUGCUUUGUCAGGGGCGUCUCUUACGGGUUUUACGACCCGAUAAAGAAGAAGAAGACAAAAGCCAUGAAUCUACUUGAGUUGUCGAUAAGUUCACAUAUCGCUUGUUCCAAUGAUGGGUGGUUACUCAUGAUAGACUUGGGUUUACAUCUCAACAUCUUCUUCUUCAAUCCUUUUACUCGAGAGUGCAUAAACUUGCCUAGAUUCGAAGGGUUACUAUCGAAUUAUGGUUUCUCUUGUGCUCCUACGAAGAAAGGGGCAUUCGAUCCAUCUGCACGUACUUGGACCGUUCUUCCUAUGGAGCCGAUCCCUAGCCCUGGCCCUCAUGUUCGCACGGUCAGGUGGAUGACUAAUUAUAAAGGACAGAUCUUUCUUGUAGAUGCAUCGUCUCCGGACCCGAUGGUGUUUAGGCAGAACCGGUUGGAGAUGGUUUGGGAAGAGAAGGAAAUUCUUGAUGGUUCAUCAGUAUUUGUGUGUGAUGGGUCAUGCGUGAUGACCACUGGGCUCACAGGGUCAAUGAGUAACAUUGUGAAUAUCUGGAACAGUCAUAACUUUGGGAAGUAUCUCGACAUGUAUCAUUUUCCUUUGAAGCGUAAUCGCCCCAACAAGUAUUCCUUAUAUAGCAGGAGCUUUUGUGAAGACCCUGAAGGGUAUUAUUUUGAAUAUCAGACCGAGAAUCGGAUUAAUGGUGCCUGGAUUGAGCCGCCCCACGACAUCUCUAUCUUUGAUUUUUCCAUUCUUGAUCCCUCUAAUGCCAUCAAUACACCUCUGCUUAUUUUAAGUCUCAGCUUCAUCUUGCUACUCCUAAAGGCUUAA